AUGGGCAUCGUGCACGCCAACAACCGAGAGCCUGGGACUUUUGAUCCAGCGCCAAUUCUUUCACAAGAAGGUCUGAAUCAAGACAACGCUCGCCCAACUGUAGCUCACGACGAGGUCUUUGGCGAUAUCACAGAAGAUGGACCCAACUACCGAGAUGUUGGUUGGCUAGGCACUUCUGCACUCAUGAUGAAGACCCAAAUCGGGCUGGGCAUCCUCUCGAUCCCAUCGGCGUUCCACACUCUGGGUCUCGUCCCCGGCCUCAUAUGUCUGCUCGUCAUUGGAGGCAUCACCACUUGGUCUGACUACAUUAUUGGGACAUUCAAGCUCAACCACCGUGAGGUAUACGGUAUUGACGAUGCAGGCGGUAUCUUGUUUGGACGUUUCGGACAAGAGUUCCUUGGGAUCAGCUUUUCUUUGUUUACCAUUUUUGCUUCUGCAUCGGGAAUAUUGGGCAUCUCUAUCAGUUUCAAUGCUUUGUCGACGCAUGGGACAUGCACAGCUACUUUUGUCGCAGUGGCCGCAAUAAUCGUCUUUCUAUGUGCUAGCAUCCGCACCCUGGGUCGCAUAAGUUGGCUUGCAUGGGUGGGAGUAAUCUCUCUCCUGGCAGGCGUCUAUGUCGUUACCAUCGCCGUCAGCAUCCAAGACCGACCCUCAGCAGCUCCAAAGAUAAAUCUCCAACACGAAUGGAAGUCCGACUACCAGCUAUAUGAAAAGCCGAGCUUCACGGAAGCAAUGUCGGCUCUCUCGACGAUGGUCUUUGCCUAUGCUGGCACACCCCUGUUUUUCCCUAUUACUGCAGAGAUGCGCGACCCUCGCCAUUAUACCAAAGCGAUGCUGCUCUGCCAGUCCGUUGCGACAGCGACAUAUAUCAUUGUGGGAGUUAUCAUUUACUACUACUGUGGCUCCUAUGUUGCCUCGCCUGCUCUGGGUUCAGCUGGCAAGACUAUUAAGCAAGUUGCUUACGGCCUUGCUUUGCCAGGUCUGAUUGUUGGUGCAACCAUCAAUGCUCAUGUCACAGGAAAAUACGUCUUCGUUCGAGUCCUUCGAGGCUCAAGACAUCUCACAGCCAACACCCUCACUCACUGGGCUACGUGGCUAAGCCUGACCUUUUCUGCGGCCUUGCUAGCCUACAUAAUAGCGAGUGCGAUUCCUGUCUUUGGAAGUCUCGUAUCUCUUGUUGGAGCUCUCCUAGGUACACUGCAAACGUUUCAGCCAUAUGGUUGCUUCUGGUUAUACGACAACUGGAGCGCAGGCAAGCAGGAGAAAUCCCUAAAGUGGGUUCUUAUGGUUGUAUGGAGUAGUUUUGUUAUUCUUUCUGGAACAUUCCUGAUGGUCGCUGGAACAUAUGGAUCUGUUAUUGGUGUCAUCGACUCUUAUAAGGUGUCAGAGGGAUCGGCUGCCUUUUCGUGUGCUGACAACUCCAACUCUGUGUAA